AUGAGUGAUAUGACGGCGAGAGAGGAAGAGAAGGCCUGUCGAGUGACAGAGAGAGGAAGUAGAGAGGAGUCCUGCAGGUAUGAGAGAGGGAAGGAGGCGGGGGCAGAGCCGGUGUUGGCUUUCACAGCCAGAGAACGUGACUGCAAUGGUUGCCUGUACGCGAGCCGUGCCAAACUUGCCUGCUCUCUGAAAGCGGCUCGCCGUCUCUUGCCUACGGUUUGCCGAGGGUGGGGGGUGGUGGCGGGCUACUGUUGCUCGGCGCUCGCGAGAGCCACCGUUUGCAGAUUUGAGAGUCGCCAGAAAACUUUGAAAAGAAUACCACCGCGGAGAAAUACAGCUGCGCGGCUGAACUUCCACCAGCUGCCCGAGGGGACCGGGAGGAGGAGUCAACAGGUCCCAGAGUUUAGGAGCUGCAAUCGAUUCGAGGGGAGAUUUCCUUGGCCAAGGACAGGAAGAUUGACAUUUUUGGGGAGAAGGCUGGUCCGAGCAAUCGAUGCGGGAAGAAGCCCAGUUGGCCGAACCGCACACCACUCAAUCAGUCUGCAACACAAAAGUGCUGCUGGUGUCCAACAGAGGCAGAGGCUGUUCGACUGCAAAAAGGAGGCCCGUCCAAGGACAAGAGCUUUGUCUUGGCAUUAUGUGAUCUGUGCAUUCCCUAGGAGCACUCUGCAGUCGAAGAGAGUGAAUCGACGCUCCCUUGGAAGCAUCACAACCACUAGCACCCCUAUCCCCACAAUCAUCACUCCUGACUGCAGUCACAGUCACCUGUUCUUGACUCAACUUGCCUUCUGUCUCUUUCACCCCCCCACACACACCCCCCCCCACACACACCCCCCAUCUUGGAGAUAAGGAAUGGCCGUGCUAGUUUCCAGCCUCCCCAACGCCUCUUGCAAAUAAGGCCUUUCAGCUUGUUUCACAAUACCAGAGAAAGGAAGGAUAAAACACUCUACAGUCCUCUUUUAUACUUCUACCCCGUGUCUCUUUUUAAUCUUUGUUUCCUUAGUAACUCAACCCUCAACACACACAUUCACUAAGCCAACAGGAUUUUUUUUUCAUCUUGGUGAAAUCUACAGCAGCCGUUCAAGCAUUCAAGUAUCCAAACCAUAAGGAGAUUUUUAUUUUUUACAAACUUCGCCUGGCAUUCUUUUGGAAUAUCUACUCAUGCAGUGUCCCUAUGGGGGAUUAAUUCAGUACGGGAAUCCACACUGACUCCUUUUUUGCCUCACAUCUCACUACAGUGGUUUUUCAGUGAGGUCUGUUUGUGACUGGAGGUGGACUGAGCCAUCAUGGCUGGGAAGGGCAACCCGCUGCCGGGCCCCCACCUCAAUGGCUUCCCCAUGCCCACCUACUCCUACUUCUUCCCCCACAUGUUGGGGAGCCUGUCGCCUCCAGCCAUGCCAGGACUGCCCAUCAGCGGGUACAGCACCCCCUCACCAGCCAGUAAGUAAACUGUCCCCUUUUUGCUUGCUCUGUGCUAGUUCACAUUUCAGUUGUGGGCUAUUGUGCAGGUUGGUUGUUUUUGUGUCUCCUGGUUUACCUGUGCGGCUGUGGCGCACUGUUUCCUAUACAGCUCCCCUACUGCGUGUGUGUUUACAUAUGCUUGUGCCUGGGAGUCUGCAGGUAAAAGUACUCUUUCAUCUCAUCCUGGUUAGAUCAUUCUUAUUUGAAAGUUGUGUGUGUUGGUAAACAGAGAGCAGGAGACACACACACACACACACACACACACACACACACACACAUAUACGCCCACACACCAAAGUCGCCUCCAGCAUUGUCCUUAAUUUACAAGCCCACACACAUCAGCACACGCACAUGGAAAUGUCAGUGUAGAUCACAAGGAAGUGAGGCAGGAUAGCCAGAAAGGAGCAUUGUUUAUUUGGGGAACACACAUUUGGCAAGUGUUCCUAAAAUAAAUUUUAUAACAGCUAUCAUUGUAGCCAACCUACAUGCUACAGCUCCUUUAUACAAUCCAUCAAAAGCUUCAGAAGCGAAUUGCAAAGUUGAAGUCAAACUAGGUGAAAAGUACCUUUUCAGAAGGAAAGAUAAGCUUCUCUGAAGUGUGAAACACAUAAAAAUAUUUCAUGUUAAGUCUUGGGUCGAAGAUUUUACUUGAGCAAAAGUACAAAAGUAUUAAUAUAUUUAUGUAUUAAAAUUAGAAGUCCUCAUUAUUGUACAUAAUGAGGCUGCUUUUAAAAUGUUAUAUUACUGAUGCAUUUACCUGUAAGCGUUAUUUAAAUGUUCUAGCAGGUUGAGCUUAUUUUAACUUCUUUAUACUCCUCCUUUAUAUGCUGUUGCGUAGUUUAAUAUGUUUACAUGUAUUGCUUUAUAAGAAAAUCUCCUUGUGGAGUUAAAAAAUCUGCCAGUGCCACAAGUUCCUUUCCUUUUCUUUAGUGCUGCAAUCUGCCUUAGUAAGGCAGAUUGCAGCACUAAAGAAAAAUGACACCUCAUACUGGCAAGACACCCAUUGAAUCGAAUUUGAUGCAAACAUUCUUGAAAUAUGUUCAAGUGUCUUGAAAAGAGGCUGAAAGGAUCUCACUGCGCUCACAGAUUUUUCAUUUACUUUAUGAAAAUCAGACUUUACUUUUUUUUACUCUGUGUACACUAUGUAAACUCUUAACCUGCAAAGUAACUACUAACUACGGCUCACAUGCUGUAUGUAGUGGUGUAUAAAGUAAAAUAUUGCACUCUAAACUGUUGUGGAGUGGAACUAUGACGUGGAAUAAAUAUAUAUAAAAGCACACCCCAACUGACUACAAAUCAGAAUCCUAAAAGUGCUUUGAAAUUUAGUUAAAUAUCAUACUACUAGACAAUCAAUUAAAUGGCUGUGACAGGAAAAGAAAGAUGAACUAAAGCAGUACAGUUGGUGGUGCGGACGUACAGUCAGCGCAUGUGUAUUGGUGUGGACAGGCCUCUCUCUCACAGGUUCAGAGGGGGUCAGUGUAUUGACUUUCUAUCUGCUGGAGUUUGCAUUGGCAGUCAGCGCAGAGGGAAGUGAAGAACAGUUACUGCCCAGCCCAGUCACUCCCACUUCCCCAAUACCAGAUACCCCACCUCACUCACAAAGACUGGAGCUCAGAUUCCUCUUUUUACACUGUUGCACUUCGGGCCACUCUCCCUGUGUUUGCUAUGUGGGGCGGCAAGGUUCCUUUCCUUUUGCCUGGACAAACAUUUCCUGUCUGUAAACACUGGAGAGCCAGGGACACCACAGCUUCCUGACAACCCCCCCAUCCCCACAAAACACAAUCAUUGCUCUUCAUGCUGUCUCACUUUCUCUCACUACUGCUCCUCUUUGCAUGCAGAUAACUGCAGGCAUAAUUCACACACACUCACACCCACCCCCACAGCAACAGAAACACGUGUCUCCUUCCAUAUACUUAUACACGCUGUAACACAAACACACAACCUUCACCCCCUUACACUUCCUCGUCAUAUACCCCUCUCUGGCAGAUCAUCUCUCUCUCCCUCUUGCCCAAACACCUCUUUUUCACACACACACACACACACACACACACACACACACACACACACACAAGCCCUCACCAACCACAUUCAGUACUGAGCAGUGACGAAAGAGAUAGAAAGAGAGUGAGAGUUGGGGGCGGGGGUCAGUUUGAACGAGCGGGAUUUACAGAAAAUCAGAUUGGAGGCAAUAGAGCCAAGCAUUGGACUCGAUGGAUUUCAGCCUUUAUACAUUUAUCUUUUAUCUGGAUUGUCUAUAGACAUCAUAUAUGUGGUAUUAUGGAUUUCCUGUUCUGCAAAAAAUGCUGACUGCUGCGCGUGUUGUUACUUGUGGAUUGGAGAGGCAUUUACACUCUGUCCACCUGAUCGGAUCUCAAAGGUGUCACAGUCUAAUCAUAUAUGAUGCAGGUGUAAACUGCUGAUGUAGAAGGGCGUUAUUGGCAGUUCCCGAAGGGGAUAAUGUUGAGUAAACAGUCCCCAAGCCAAGCCUUGACUUUUUUGUUUUAACGCUGAACUCAUUUGCCAUCAGAAUCUUGUUCAGUAGGCCUUCUUUUCUUUCUGGUGUCUUUCCUCUGGUCACUCAUCCUCCUGCGCUCCAUUCUCAGAGUUGUCCAGCUCGGCCUCCUUUAGCAAAUCACAAUAGACCAAUUAUUUGGACCAAGCAGAGCAGAAGGGUUCAUCAAGGCGUACAACACACACACUCUCUCUCUUUCUGUGUCUCUCCAGCUCUGGCCUCCUGGGUUACGUCUUUGCACUACAUUAUCGGAAAAUCAUCAGGUUAGGUUAAACCCAGGAGCUAAGCAAUUUCAGAUAUUGAUAUUACAUUUAUUGCCUGCAGCUUUAUUAGUUAACUGAAUAUUAUCACCAUGGAUUGAUCACACAUGCACACUCACAAACAUGCUGUAUUGAACACAGCCAAAUAUCUAUGUCCACGUUCAUAAGCGUACAGAACUUUCAUUAGUGUUUUCAAUUAAAAUCCUUCACGCCUGUAUGAAAAUGGUACUAUUGAUCCCGUUAUUAUCAUUAAAGCCUUCCGCUGUCUGUCACCAACUCUUGACACUGUGCUAUUACAUUAGCACAGUGUUAUGAGGGAUCAUAAUGAAUGGAGCCAGCUUGCUACCUGCUGCCACGGCGGACUAAUUGGC